UGAAAUGAACAAUCGGCAGAUGAGGGGUUUCAACUUCAAGCUUCCGAGCUUACCAAUGGUGGCUCUCUUAUUCUUUGCCAUUUUCGUUACUGCCCAGAUCCAGCUCUCUGCAAUCUUCUCUCUCAUAUUUUCUUCUUCUUCGUCGUCGUCAUCUUCUGAUAUUCCUUUCACAUCAUCACUUUCUAAUCACUCUGCAACUUCAACAGACCAGCCUCCCCUAGAAAAGGCACGUGGCGAAAUCAGCUGCGACCGCACCUCCAUCCGUUACGAUCUCUGCAACAUUAGAGGUCCCACCGUUGUGGACCCCACUACAGCCGCAUUCUAUAUUAUGGGCCCUACAGGAUCCAACAAGCCCAAAAUUGUGGAGAAGAUUAAGCCGUACCCAAGAAAAUUUGAUGAUGAUAUAAUGCCCGAAAUCAAGGAGGUCACUCUGAUCUCAGGCCCAAAAGGCCCAAAAUGCGAGGCCUAUCAUAACGCGCCGGCCUUGGUAUUCUCUGCCACCGGGUACACCGGAAACUUCUUCCAUGAUUUCAAUGAUGGAUUCAUCCCUUUGUUCAUUACCGUCAACACUAUUUUCCCUAACCAUCAAGAUUUUGUGAUAGUUCUAUCUGAGGGCUCUAAUUGGUGGCACAUCAAGUACAUAGAUCUGUUAAAUAUAUUUAGCAAGCACCCAGUUAUUUUUCUAAAUAACGAAACCAAAACCCAUUGUUUCCCUUCCGCCCAUAUAGGUCUCAUUUCACAUGGUUUCAUGACCAUAAACAACACGUUGUUACCAAACUCAAAGACAUACUUACAUUUUCAUGAUGCCAUACAUAAAGCAUAUGGCAACCACCAUAACCAAAUUUUAUCACCAAAGGAUUUAACUUUUCGACCACAACUUGUGUUGGUGAGCCGAAAAGGUGCCAUUGGUCGAGUAAUAUUGAACCAAGAAGAAGUAAUCCGAGACAUGGAAGAAGUAGGUUUUGAUGUCAUUGUUUUUGAGCCUACAGAGAACACAUCACUACAUGAGUCUUACGCACUCGUCAGCUCGUGCCAUGCUAUGAUCGGCGUUCAUGGUGCCGCGCUCAUGCACUCAUUAUUCCUCCGGCCGGGAUCGGUAUUUAUGCAAAUUGUUCCGAUAGGGGUUGAAUGGGCGGCAAAAACAUUUUUUGGGAGGGUUGGAAAAGGGUUAAAGUUGGAGUACAUGGAGUAUCACAUUGAAGUGGAAGAGAGUAGCUUAGUGGGAAAAUAUGGAAAGGAUAGUGUAAUGCUAAGAAAUCCAAGUGCUUUACAAAAGGGUGGGUGGCCAAUAGAGCUAAUGGAUAUAUAUUUGAAAGAGCAAAAUGUGAAGUUAGAUUUGGUUAGGUUUAGAGGGUAUUUGGAGGAUGCCUAUAAAAGGGCUUACAAGUUCAUGCACAGAGAAAAUUGGACUUUCAUGAAAACCCUAUAA